UGUCUAGCCGCCGCAGCGACCGAGGAGGUCUGUCGUGGUGACAAACGCGGGACGAAACUGCUUCCCAACGUAAUUGUAUGACUUUAGCACAAGUAAGAGGCGACAGCACAAGGAGUCGAAGGCACCCUUCUUCUAAUCCCUCUUGUGGAAUGUAAACGCGCGGGAGCCUACAGGAUCGCUGGAACGCCUGAUUGUGAACGCGUCAUUGUGUUGCAAUUCCCCGUGCCGGGUUGGAGUGAAGACUGCGUCGCUAAAUGGAUGUGAACGUGUGUAGAGAAUACUAAUGACCAGUGGUGCGUCCUGCAGAGGCGCACCGCGUCCCCCGCUGUUGCUGAGGGCCACGCAGGGAGUAACAUCCUCGACUCAAAGCGGAUCGCAGUUAUUUCUCAGUCAAGUGAGAUCGGUGGCUGAAUUCACUGAAUAGCAGUCAAAUAUGGGCAACAGCUUCUCCAACGUUUCUGCCUUCCAGUCCCUCCACAUCGUCAUGCUCGGUCUGGACUCUGCAGGGAAGACCACGGUACUCUACAGACUCAAAUUCAACGAAUUCGUCAACACUGUCCCCACGAUUGGCUUCAACACAGAGAAGAUCAGACUGAGUAAUGGCACAGCCAAGGGCAUCAGCUGUCACUUUUGGGACGUGGGGGGUCAGGAGAAGCUGCGCCCCCUGUGGAAGUCGUACAGUCGCUGUACUGAUGGCAUCAUCUAUGUGGUGGACUCUGUGGAUGUGGACCGGCUCGAAGAGGCCAAGACAGAACUGCACAAAGUCACCAAAUUUGCAGAGAACCAAGGGACACCACUCCUGGUCAUUGCCAACAAGCAGGAUCUGCCCAAAUCUCUGCCAGUGGCAGAUAUAGAGAAACAGCUGGCCCUGCAGGAGCUCACGCCGACGACCAGCUACCACAUCCAGCCUGCCUGCGCCAUCAUUGGUGAGGGACUUCACGAGGGAAUGGACAGAUUGUAUGAGAUGAUUGUGAAGCGACGGAAGUUGUUGAAACAGAAAAAGAAACGGUGAUGGGUAUCUGCUGUCAUGUCAGGCUGCUGUGAUCAUCCUGCUGAAGAUUUAUCAAUAACACACAACCUAAUACCGAUAAAAUCCAUUAACAGGCGGGCCUGUUUUUUCUGCUGCUUUUCAUUUCACAUGUAAAAUGCCCCCCACCCUGCCUCUGGCACAACAGACCUCACAAUUGUUCAUGGAUGUCAUGUCACUGUUGUUUGUUGGAUCGUUGACAUAGCCUUUGACUCAGAGGGUGGCUGAGAGUAGCAGCUCUCCCACUGUGCACUUUUUUUAGAUCCUAACGGAUGCUAAUCACUGUAAGAUAGGAGGUGGUUUAUGUACUUAAUGUCAAAAUUGAAGUAUUUUUUGAAUAUUAAAGGUAUAAACUGUUUUUGACUGUUAUUUUAUUUUUGUCGCACCAUUCAGCACAGCAAAUAAACUCCAAAAUCAGUAUACCCACAACUGUCAAGGAGGUUUUGUGGGCAGGGAUGUAGCAUGUUCAAGUUUUUCACCAUAAUAAUACUUGAAUGCCAAAUGUGUUUUCAGGAGUAUGCAACACAACCGCACAAAUACCAUUUGUUGUUCAGUUCUGAGAAGUUGCUUCGUCUCACCAUGUGCCCGUGUUGUUAAAAAUACCACUCGAAGAGUGAUCACUGAAACAAGCAAAUUGAAAGCUAGCGGCUUUUAUUUAUGCUCACUGAGCCAACUAAAGAUGGAUACUUAAAGCCUAAAUUU